AGAUACAAGGAAAAGCUUCUGUUUUGCAUGCCAUCCAACCUGAUCAUUCCAUACAUAAGUACAUCGAGGUAGUACAAAAGGAAAAGCAAUAACAGAGUGCAGAAUAAAGUGUUGCAGUUGGAGAAAAAGUGAAGCACAGGUAGGCAAAUAAUUUGCAAGGACCACAAUGACCAUCGGGGAGGAGGCACAGGAGCCUGAAGACCCACACUCAUCGAUUUAGGAACAGCUUCCUCUCCACCAUCAGAUUUCUGAAUGGUCCAUGAACACUACCUUCUUAUAUAUUAGAUCUCAACUACAUCCUCCUUCGCUGAGACUCCAGCAGCUCCUUGGUAAAGAUUAUAAAGUACUCAUUUACCACCUCAACUUUGCUCUCUGCUUCAAUGAGCAGUGUAAAGGAUGUGGAUGCACUGGCAAGGCUGGCAUUCAUUGUCCAUCCCUAAUUAGACCCUAAACUGAGUGAGAAGUCAACCCCAUUGUCACAUCAGGAGUUACAUAUUGGCCAGACCAGAUGAACCAACUAGAGAUGGAUCAUGCUAUGGUCUGGAAUGCAGCUGGUGUUGUCUUGGAUAUUGAUGCAGGUUCUUGGGCUGACCGUUCACCUUUGCAUGAGGCAGCUAGUCAAGGACGCCUUCUGUCUCUCAAAACCUUGCUUGCACAGGGUCACAGUGCCAAUACACUGACAAUAGACCACGUUUCUCCACUUCAUGAUGCAUGUCUAGGGAACCAUGUAGCAUGUGCCAAAGCCUUAAUAGAAGCUGGUGCCAAUGUCAAUGCCACCACUAUCGAUGGGGUGACACCGCUGUUCAACGCAUGUUCCAGUGGAAGCGCAAAUUGUGCAGAGCUUGUGUUGCAGAAUGGUGCUAAGUUACAAAGCCAGGACUGUUGGGCUUCAGCCAUACAUGAGGCAUCAAGCAAAGGUCACAGUGAAUGCAUUCAAGUGUUGAUCUCCUGGGGUGUUGACAUAGAUCUGGACAUCUCUCAUCAGGGAACGCCUCUGUAUGUAGCCUGUAUCCAUCAGCAGUAUUUUUGUAUUAAGAAACUGCUCCAUGCAGGAGCCAAUGUCCAGAAAGGUAAACAUCUGGAGACACCCUUACAUGCUGCUGCUCGGCAGUCUAACCCAGAUAUUGUUAUGUUGCUGCUUGACUUUGGAGCAGAAGUCCGUGCCAGAAAUGCUGAAGGCGAGCGGCCCAUCGACGUUGCUGUCGCCAGUAGUUCGGUAGAUAGAUUGCUGCUGCAUUAUGAAGCAACACCAAGCUCCCUCUGCCAGCUGUGUCGCUUGUGUGUUAGAAAUUGUCUUGGAAGACCACGCCUACAGCACAUUCCACAGCUGCAGCUACCCAAGUUACUGAAGGACUUUUUACAGCAUCAAUAAAUUGCUUCCCUUUUGCCACGGCAGUCUGUGUGGGAAGCUGAUUUAAGAUUUCAGCUCUGCUCCUUUCUGUAUAUAGACUUGUUUAAAAACCUGUUGAAAUGUUGUUGGCAAAUCACUGUAACUCCCCCUUUUUGUAUGUUGUCUUCAUAAUAUGAACAAAAGAAAAAAAUUGCUGGACUCAGUCCCAGACACAUGCAUGGAACAGGUGAGGUGGAAGCAUAUGAAAAUUAUGCUCCCCUUAUGUAACUAAUUCUGUUGAUGUCAAUACUACUGGAUUUCCAAACUGAAGUACAACAAGGUGUAAUACUGCAUGUAUGCCACAAGUAUUUUCUCUUUACAAUAUUAUUAUUAAUUCCACAAAGAAAAUACAGAGUACAUGAAUCAGAAAGGAGUUAAAAUACUACUAAGUACAUUGUAUUAAAUCAUAUUUGAAAUCACAAUACCCCAUAUUGGUAAUCAAAAAUGAUAAUUAAUUAGUAAUGAAUAAAUUGGAAUAAUUUUAUUAUAAAAAAAUCUAAACCCACUACACAAGUGUUUUAAGGCAAAUUUCUCACCCAUAUAAUUCAGUGCUAUGAAACAAACACUUGAAAUUUAAGUCCCAGUCUAUGAGUGGGUUUAACGAAAAUGCCAAUUAGUGCCCUAAUGCCAGUGCCUAAUUUAGCUAAAACUGGUGAUGCGCGCACAGCUUGCUCUGGCCUUCAUGCUGACUAUUAAUGGGGCUUAAUGUGGAGCCAACAGGGUCACUCUAGCUCCACAGCAAUACUUCAUGGUGUUUCCAGCUUGUCUUUCCUUCUCCCUUCCCUUCAUCUUCAACCCCCAAGAAGAUCCCAGUUGGGAAGGCACAGAUGGAAUACCUGAUUUAAGGUAUAUUACCUGCUUUAUGGUGGUUGAUGACACAGAACCAAUUUCUCUCCCAGUGUAGUUAAUUCUCUUGUCGCAACCAAUUUCUUUAAGCUUCUGUUUCCCAACUUCCUUUACAAUCCUCGCCUUCUCCAUCCUUCCAUUUCUCCUGGACGUGUUAUCACGACACAGGCUAAAUCAUUCACGAUGCUGAAAUAUUGGGCUGGGGAGGUGGGUGAAAUUUUAACUCAAGCUAUUAGCUGGAAACUUGAAGGGUUUAAGGACAGUGCUGGUUUUAAACCAAACCCAUUGAAGUUGAUGGGGAGUAAUACUGAAAUGACUGCAAAACCAACUAUCCCGUCCUGUCAGUAACCUACCCAUGGUCUAUUUGGCUAAUAUUAUCUUCAACCCAUAAAUAAGUCCUAUUGCUUAAGUAGCACCACAUAAUUAUGUUCAAAAAAUGAACCAUUAAAAAACUUGAAAUAGCUUAUCAUUUUUAGAUGUAUUUUGAAAACUAUACCAUCUCUUAUUUAGUCCCUUUACCUCUGCAUGGAGAUACGGUUUACUCCCGUAUAUCCAUCAGUGCUGCUCUGGUAGUGUAGCGGUUAGCGUAACGCUAUUACAGCGCCAGCGACCCGGGUUUAAUUCCCGCUGCUGUCUGUAAGGAGUUUGUAUGUUCUCCCCAUGUCUGCGUGGGUUUCCUCCAGGUGUUCCGGUUUCCUCCCACAUUCCAAAGAUAUACGGCUUAGGAAGUUGUGGUCAUGCUAUGUUGGCGCCGGAAGUGUGGCGACACUUGCGGGCUGCCCCAGCACAGUCUACAAAAACGAUGCAUUUCACUGUGCAUUUCGAUGUACAUGUGACUACUAAAAAUAUCUUAUAUCUUAAGUUCACUGAGAAGUGGUUUAUAAAACUAGCCAGAUGUGCCUCCUCCUCUGUAAUCUUCUUUGCUCCUUUCCUGUGAAGCACCACUUAUCAUUACCUGCAUCACAGUGUGGUGCAGCUGGUAGAGCUGCUGCCUCGCAGCUCCAGUGACCCAGGUUCGAUCCUGACCUCCAGUCCUGUCUGUGUGGAGUUUGCAUGUUUUCCAUGAAACCAUAUGGGUUUUUCCCUGGUUGAUCCAGUUUCUUCCCACAUCUCAAGUAUAUGCAGUGUAUAUAUGACCACUGUAAAUUGCCCCUAGCAUGUAGGUGAGUGUAGUGGUAGUAGCAGAAUAUGGGGAAAGAUUGUUGGGAGUAUCCGGAAGAAUAAAGUGGAACUAGUGCAGAUGGGUGUUUGAUGGUCAGAGCAGGCUCGGUGGGCUGAAGGGCGUGUUUCCAUCCAGUAUAACUCCAUGAGAAACAGAGUUAUGUUAAUUUUGUUUCUCCAUCCACAAAUGCUGCCUAACCCGCUGAAUAUUUCCACCUUCACCAAUUUUAUUUCAGAUUUCCAGCACCUGCAGUAUUUUGACUUUGAUUCCUGUAUCUUUUAGUAAGUUACACUGAAUAAUGCUUUCAACCAAGUUCUUACAUAAAACAGUACAGCACAGGACAGGCCCUUUGGCCCAUGAUGUUGUGCCAAAUGAAUUAAACCGAUGACCUAAUUAAUCUAAUCCCUCUUCUCUGCACAUUGACCACAUCCCUCUCUUCUCGGCAUAUUCCUGUGCCUAUCUAAGAGUAUCUUAAAUGCUCCUAUGCUAUCUGCCUCCACCCUCACCCCUGGCAGCACAUUACCAGCACCCACCACUCACUGUGUUUAAAAAAAAACUUGCCUCGCACAUCUCCUUUGUACUCUCACCUUAAAUCCAUGUCCUCUAGUACUAGACAUUUCAAUCCUGGGAAAAAGAUAACAGCUGUCUAUCUAUGCCUUGCAUAAUUUUAUAAACUUCUGUCAAAUCUCCCCUCAGCCUCCUCCGCUCUAGAGAAAACAGCGCCAGCUUGUCCAACCUCUCCUCAUAGCACAUGUCCUCCAAACCAGGCAGCGUCCUGGUAAACCUCCUCUGCACCCUCUCCAAAGCCUCCACAACCUAUAAUGAGGCAACCAGAAUUGAACGCAAUACUCUAAAUAUGGCCUAACUUGAGUUUUAUAGAGCUGUAACAUAACUUCUUGGCUCUUGAAAUCAAUGCCCUCAACUAAUGACAUAAAGCAUGCCAUAUGCCUUCUUUGCCACCCUAUCUACCUGUGCGCCACUUUUAGGGAAGCAUGUACCUGGACCCCAAGAUCCCUCUGUUCAUCAACGCUGUUAAACCUUUCUUGACUGAAGGUAGACUGUUAUGGAAAAGCUUAUGAGAGCAAAACCUCAGGAGACUGAGAUUGAAAGAAAAGGCAUUAGUUUUAACCGAUCCUCCCUCAUUCGGUAGCCCUUUGGCAAUUAUUGCACAGGACAGUCAACAUUUUGAGUCUCUUAUGAUUCAAUUGACUCUGUUGAAAUGCCUCAGGUUGGUUGCUGGAAUUCAUAAAACAUUUGACCAAGGAGAGAAAAAAUACCCAUUUGCCUUGUAAUUAUUUUUGUUACAUUUAUAUGCCUCCUUUUGGAGGAGUUCUAAAUGUUGGUCACUUGAUUUGCUUCCAUUGACUUGACUGGAUUUUAAUUCCUGGAGCUGAGCACAUUGUACAUCUGAUGCUCAUACUUGCAUUUAGACCCAGUGAACAAGGAGAAAUUUUUCUCCUGCUGACGACACUUCCAUCACUCAACUGGCUCCUGUUCUCUGUCCAAACAGUUUACAGGAGAAUUAUUUUCCCAACAUUCCCUUCUCCUUUCCCUUGCUCUGGUUUCAUUUUAAAUGAAGAAAUAUUCCUUAAGAAAAAUGCCAUCACUAAAGCAUCAUUGUACUGACUUCUCUUUCUGCAGAUGAUGCUGAGUAUUUUGAGUUAUUUUUUUUCCAACAACAAUCCUUCCACCAAAUUGCAAGUAGUUACUGUCCCAAGCAUUAAAGAAGAUAAUUUGAUUACUCUAAUGUGUAAUUUACUAGUGACCCAUUGAUGGUGCUCUCACUCCUGAGUCAGCAGUUUUGGGAAGCAGGUCCCACACAAGGCUAAGAGAAGGUCAAUCAGCCCACUGAGUCUCUUGUACAGGAACCUAUUCGGUCCCAUUUCCCCUGCUCUUACCCUGUAGCCCUGCAAAUUAUUUUCCUCAAGAACCUAUCCAGUUCCCAUCUGAAAAUCCACGUUGACUCCAAUAUCACGACCUGCCUAGGCAGUGAAUUUCAGAUCAUAACCUCACUCUGUGCUUAAGCAUCAAAAUGUUUUUUUUGUUGUUCUAGAGCAGCAACAAGGGAUCGCUUCACUGCUAAAGAUGUUUUUAAGUUGAAACAUCAAUCCAAGGUCCUGUCUGGUUUUCAGCUGGGAUGUAAAAGAUCCCAUGGCAGUGCUAUGAGGGGCAGAGAGUUCAAAGUCGAGUUUAUUGUCAUAUGCACAGUACAUGUAUGCACAGGUGCAAUGAAAAAACUUACCUGCAGCAGCAUCAUAGGCACAUAGCAUCACAUAAGCAGCAUUCACAAGUAAAACAUAAUUAAACAUAAAUUUUACACAAUUUUUACAAGAAAACACAUUUAGAACAAAAACAAAGUCCAUUUUAGUGCAAAGUGGUAAUUCUCGCUUGGCUUAAUCAACUUAAGUAAAAUAAAAGGUUAGCAAGUUAUUUUCAUAUUAGGGCUUGUGGGGGUUGUAGUUUGAAAACUAGCCAAUCUGUUUCCUGCACUUCAGUAACUGCACUUCAAAAAGUACUUCACUUUGAAAUGUUCUGAAGUCACAAAAGGCACUGUAAAAAUUUAAAGAUUUCUUGAUUAUUGUCACUGCUGAGUGAAAAGUAAUGAGGACAGGGUCCUAUUACUCUGUGGAACAUAACACUGGAGGUUAAAUCUGGAAUAACUGGACAAUCUUUGAGCUCUGUGGAGACACUAUUCAGAGUCCGCGGAAAGGCACAUUAAGUCACAAGUUUACAGUGAACAUUAAGUAGUUUGGAGCCCAUGCAUGUACAGAUAUGCACUCCAUAUCCUCAGGGCAUGGACAAGAUAAGGGGCAAGCAAGGGCUUGGAACACAUACCCCAGGUAAUAAACUAUUAAACAUGCAUAACUUGAGUUCACAGAUAUGCACACAUAAGUGCCUUCACAUCAUAACAUUAGAGAUACAAUCAUAUACUUCCCUGUGUAUGCCCUGCAAUAUUCUGAUGUUUUCAGUGCUCGGAGAAUCUAUGCAUCCUGCCUUGGACCCAGAGAAAUCCACUGAUCAUCAGAAUAUUAAUUAAUUCGGGGCUGACAAACCCCACUUUUAUUCUGACAGAACAUAUGAAAACAAUAUUAGUUACACAAACUAACUUCAAUGAGAAACAACCUACAUCAAAACAGGUGUAAUCUAUGAAGAUUGGAUUAUUUUUUAACAAGGUUGAAAAUUAUUGGGCAUGUACUUUGAAUAGCACACUCUGUCUGUAAAAAGGCAAUGUUUGUAAAGAUUAUCAAUAUUGACUUGGUGUAAUGGAUUCAUGUGCAUUUUUUGCUUAAAAAUGUUUGUUAUUGUAUCAGCACAAAGCAUUUGAAUUAAAAAAAGGUAAAGGUGUAACCGAUAUGGUGCU